AUGGGUGACGCAGAAGGCGAGGACGAGGUCCAGUUCCUGCGGACGGACGACGAGGUGGUCCUGCAGUGCAGCGCCACCGUGCUCAAGGAGCAGCUCAAGCUCUGCCUGGCCGCCGAGGGCUUCGGCAACCGCCUCUGCUUCCUGGAGCCCACCAGCAACGCCCAGAAUGUGCCCCCCGAUCUGGCCAUCUGCUGCUUCGUCCUGGAGCAGUCCCUGUCCGUCCGAGCCCUGCAGGAGAUGCUGGCCAACACGGUGGAGGCCGGUGUGGAGUCAUCCCAGGGCGGGGGACACAGGACGCUCCUGUACGGCCAUGCCAUCCUGCUCCGGCAUGCACACAGCCGCAUGUACCUGAGCUGCCUCACCACCUCCCGCUCCCUGACUGACAAGCUGGCCUUCGACGUGGGACUACAGGAGGAUGCCACAGGAGAGGCCUGCUGGUGGACCAUGCACCCCGCCUCCAAGCAGAGGUCCGAAGGAGAAAAGGUCCGCGUAGGUGAUGACCUCAUCCUUGUCAGUGUCUCCUCGGAGCGCUACCUGCACCUGUCGACAGCCAGCGGGGAGCUCCAGGUCGAUGCCUCCUUCAUGCAGACACUGUGGAACAUGAACCCCAUCUGCUCUCGCUGCGAAGAGGGCUACGUGACAGGGGGCCACGUCCUCCGCCUCUUCCACGGUCACAUGGAUGAGUGUCUGACCAUUUCCCCUGCGGACAGUGAUGACCAGCGCAGACUUGUCUACUACGAGGGUGGAGCUGUGUGCACCCACGCCCGCUCCCUCUGGAGGCUGGAGCCGCUGAGAAUCAGCUGGAGUGGGAGCCACCUUCGCUGGGGCCAGCCAUUUCGGAUCCGGCAUGUCACCACCGGGCGGUACCUGGCGCUCAGUGAGGACCAGGGCCUGGUGGUGGUUGACGCCAGCAAGGCCCACACCAAGGCCACCUCCUUCUGCUUCCGCAUCUCCAAGGAAAAGUUGGAUAUGGCCCCCAAGCGGGAUGUGGAGGGCAUGGGCCCCCCUGAGAUCAAGUACGGGGAGUCGCUGUGCUUCGUGCAGCACGUGGCCUCGGGCCUGUGGCUCACCUAUGCCGCCCCGGACCCCAAGGCCCUGAGGCUCGGCGUGCUCAAGAAGAAGGCCAUGUUGCACCAGGAAGGCCACAUGGACGACGCACUGUCGCUUACCCGCUGCCAGCAGGAGGAGUCCCAGGCCGCCCGCAUGAUCCACAGCACUGCCGGCCUGUACAACCAGUUCAUCAAGGGCCUGGACAGCUUCAGCGGGAAGCCACGGGGCUCGGGGACGCCGGCUGGCACGGCGCUGCCCAUCGAGGGCGUCAUCCUGAGCCUGCAGGACCUCAUUGUCUACUUUGAGCCGCCCUCCGAGGAGCUGCAGCACGAGGAGAAGCAGAGCAAGCUGCGCAGCCUGCGCAACCGCCAGAGCCUCUUCCAGGAGGAGGGGAUGCUCUCCCUGGUCCUGAAUUGCAUUGACCGCCUAAAUGUCUACACCACCGCUGCCCACUUUGCUGAAUUUGCGGGGGAGGAGGCAGCCGAGUCCUGGAAGGAGAUUGUGAAUCUACUCUAUGAACUCCUGGCCUCUCUGAUCCGCGGCAAUCGUACCAACUGUGCCCUCUUCUCCACGAACUUGGACUGGCUGGUCAGCAAGCUGGACCGGCUGGAGGCCUCGUCUGGCAUCCUGGAGGUGCUGUACUGUGUCCUGAUUGAGAGUCCCGAGGUCCUGAACAUCAUCCAGGAGAACCACAUCAAGUCCAUCAUCUCCCUCCUGGACAAGCAUGGGAGGAACCACAAGGUCCUGGACGUGCUGUGCUCCCUGUGCGUGUGCAAUGGCGUGGCUGUGCGCUCCAACCAAGAUCUCAUUACUGAGAACUUGCUCCCUGGCCGGGAGCUUCUGUUGCAGACAGACCUCAUCAACUAUGUCACCAGCAUCCGCCCCAACAUCUUUGUGGGCCGAGCGGAGGGCUCCACGCAGUACGGCAAAUGGUACUUUGAGGUGAUGGUGGACGAGGUGGUUCCGUUUCUGACAGCUCAGGCUACCCACCUGCGGGUGGGCUGGGCCCUCACCGAGGGCUACAGCCCCUACCCCGGGGGCGGCGAGGGCUGGGGCGGCAACGGGGUCGGCGAUGACCUCUACUCCUACGGCUUUGACGGGCUGCAUCUCUGGACAGGACACGUGGCACGCCCGGUGACUUCCCCAGGGCAGCACCUCCUGGCCCCUGAGGACGUGGUCAGCUGCUGCCUGGACCUCAGCGUGCCGUCCAUCUCCUUCCGCAUCAACGGCUGUCCCGUGCAGGGCGUCUUCGAGGCCUUCAACCUCAACGGGCUCUUCUUCCCUGUCGUCAGCUUCUCGGCCGGUGUCAAGGUGCGGUUCCUGCUCGGUGGCCGCCAUGGUGAAUUCAAGUUCCUCCCGCCACCUGGCUAUGCCCCGUGCCACGAAGCUGUGCUCCCGCGAGAGCGGCUCCAUCUUGAACCCAUCAAGGAGUACCGGCGGGAGGGGCCCCGGGGGCCGCACCUGGUGGGCCCCAGUCGCUGCCUCUCACACACGGACUUUGUGCCCUGCCCUGUGGACACCGUCCAGAUCGUCCUGCCUCCCCAUCUAGAGCGCAUUCGGGAGAAGCUGGCAGAGAACAUCCACGAGCUCUGGGCGCUGACUCGCAUCGAGCAGGGCUGGACCUAUGGCCCGGUUCGUGAUGACAACAAGAGGCUGCACCCAUGUCUUGUGGACUUCCACAGCCUGCCGGAGCCCGAGAGGAAUUACAACCUGCAGAUGUCGGGGGAGACGCUCAAGACCCUGCUGGCGCUGGGCUGCCACGUGGGCAUGGCGGACGAAAAGGCCGAAGACAACCUGAAGAAGACAAAACUCCCCAAGACGUAUAUGAUGAGCAACGGGUACAAGCCGGCUCCGCUGGACCUGAGCCACGUGCGGCUGACGCCAGCGCAGACGACACUGGUGGAUCGUCUGGCAGAAAACGGACACAACGUGUGGGCACGGGACCGCGUGGGCCAGGGCUGGAGCUACAGCGCCGUGCAAGACAUCCCCGCACGCCGGAACCCUCGGCUCGUGCCCUACCGCCUACUGGACGAGGCCACCAAGCGCAGCAACCGGGACAGCCUCUGCCAGGCCGUGCGCACCCUGCUGGGCUACGGCUACAACAUCGAGCCGCCUGACCAGGAGCCCAGUCAGGUGGAGAGCCAGUCUCGAUGGGAUCGGGUGCGCAUCUUCCGGGCAGAGAAAUCCUAUGCAGUGCAGAGUGGCCGCUGGUACUUUGAGUUCGAGGCAGUCACCACGGGUGAAAUGCGAGUGGGCUGGGCGAGGCCCGAGCUGAGGCCUGAUGUAGAGCUGGGAGCUGAUGAGCUGGCCUAUGUCUUCAAUGGGCACCGCGGCCAGCGCUGGCACCUGGGCAGUGAACCGUUCGGGCGCCCCUGGCAGUCGGGUGAUGUCGUCGGCUGUAUGAUCGACCUCACAGAGAACACCAUUAUCUUCACUCUCAAUGGCGAGGUCCUCAUGUCUGACUCAGGCUCUGAAACAGCUUUCCGGGACAUUGAGAUUGGGGACGGCUUCCUGCCCGUCUGCAGCUUGGGACCCGGCCAGGUCGGUCACCUGAACCUGGGCCAGGACGUGAGCUCCUUGCGGUUCUUUGCCAUCUGUGGCCUCCAGGAGGGCUUUGAGCCAUUUGCCAUCAACAUGCAGCGUCCGGUCACCACCUGGUUCAGCAAGAGCCUUCCCCAAUUUGAGGCUGUGCCCCCUGAACACCCCCACUAUGAGGUGGCCCGCGUGGACGGCACUGUGGACACGCCCCCCUGCCUGCGCCUGACCCACCGCACCUGGGGCUCCCAGAACAGCCUGGUGGAGAUGCUCUUCCUGCGGCUGAGCCUCCCCGUCCAGUUCCACCAGCACUUCCGCUGCACCGCGGGGGCCACGCCUCUGGCGCCCCCCGGCCUGCAGCCGCCCGCGGAGGACGAGGCCCGAGCGGCAGAGCCUGACCCCGACUACGAAAACCUGCGCCGCUCUGCUGGGCGCUGGGGUGAGGCUGAGGGCGGCAAGGAGGGAACUGCCAAGGAGGGGGCGCCCGGGGGCACCCCCCAGGCUGGGGGAGAGGCCCCGCCUGUCCGGGCGGAGAACGAGAAGGACGCUACCACGGAGAAGAACAAGAAGAGAGGCUUCUUAUUCAAGGCCAAGAAGGUCGCCAUGAUGACCCAACCACCAGCCACUCCCACUCUGCCCCGGCUCCCUCGAGACGUGGUGCCCGCUGACAACCGCGAUGACCCCGAGAUCAUCCUCAACACCACCACGUACUAUUACUCCGUGAGGGUCUUUGCUGGCCAGGAGCCCAGCUGCGUGUGGGUGGGCUGGGUCACCCCCGACUACCAUCAGCACGACAUGAACUUCGACCUCAGCAAGGUCCGAGCAGUGACGGUGACCAUGGGGGACGAACAAGGCAACGUCCACAGCAGCCUCAAGUGCAGCAACUGCUACAUGGUGUGGGGCGGGGACUUCGUGAGCCCCGGGCAGCAAGGCCGGAUCAGCCACUCGGACCUUGUCAUUGGCUGCCUGGUGGACCUGGCCACUGGCUUAAUGACCUUUACAGGCAAUGGCAAAGAGAGCAACACCUUUUUCCAGGUGGAACCCAACACGAAGCUAUUUCCUGCCGUCUUUGUCCUGCCCACCCACCAGAACGUCAUCCAGUUUGAGUUGGGGAAGCAGAAGAACAUCAUGCCAUUGUCAGCCGCCAUGUUCCUGAGCGAGCGCAAGAACCCAGCCCCGCAGUGCCCACCGAGGCUGGAGAUGCAGAUGCUGAUGCCCGUGUCCUGGAGCCGCAUGCCCAACCACUUCCUGCAGGUGGAGACGCGGCGCGCUGGCGAGCGGCUCGGCUGGGCCGUGCAGUGCCAGGAGCCGCUGACCAUGAUGGCGCUGCACAUCCCCGAGGAGAACCGGUGCAUGGACAUCCUGGAGCUGUCGGAGCGCCUGGACCUGCAGCGCUUCCACUCGCACACCCUCCGCCUCUACCGCGCCGUGUGCGCCCUGGGUAACAACCGCGUGGCGCACGCUCUGUGCAGCCACGUGGACCAGGCGCAGCUGCUGCACGCCCUGGAGGACGCGCACCUGCCUGGCCCGCUGCGCGCAGGCUACUACGACCUCCUCAUCAGCAUCCACCUCGAAAGCGCCUGCCGCAGCCGCCGCUCCAUGCUCUCGGAAUACAUCGUGCCGCUCACGGAGGAGACCCGCUCCAUCACACUCUUCCCGCCCGGCAGAAGCGCGGAAAAUGGUCCCCGCCACCAUGGCCUGCCUGGCGUUGGAGUCACCACCUCGCUCAGGCCCCCGCACCAUUUCUCACCCCCCUGCUUCGUGGCCGCCCUGCCAGCUGCUGGGGCAACAGAAGCCCCCGCCCGCCUCAGCCCCGCCAUCCCUCUGGAGGCCCUGCGGGACAAGGCCCUGAGAAUGCUGGGGGAGGCGGUGCGGGACGGUGGGCAGCACGCACGCGACCCAGUCGGGGGCUCUGUGGAGUUCCAGUUCGUGCCCGUGCUCAAGCUCGUGUCCACGCUGCUGGUGAUGGGCGUCUUCCGCGAUGAGGAUGUGAAACAGAUCUUGAAGAUGAUUGAGCCUGAAGUGUUCACUGAGGAAGAAGAGGAAGAGGAGGAAGAAGAAGAGGAGGAAGAGGAGGAUGAGGAGGAGAAGGAGGAGGAUGAGGAGGAAGAGGCACAGGAGAAGGAAGAUGAGGAAAAGGAGGAAGAGGAGGCAGCAGAAGGGGAAAAAGAAGAAGGCUUGGAGGAGGGGCUGCUCCAGAUGAAGCUGCCGGAGUCGGUGAAGCUGCAGAUGUGCCACCUGCUGGAGUAUUUCUGUGACCAAGAUCUGCAGCACCGCGUGGAGUCCCUGGCAGCCUUCGCAGAGCGCUAUGUGGACAAGCUCCAGGACAACCAGCGCAGCCGCUACGGCCUGCUCAUGAAAGCCUUCACCAUGUCUGCCGCCGAGACUGCCAGGCGCACGCGCGAGUUCCGCUCCCCGCCCCAGGAGCAGAUCAACAUGCUAUUGCACUUCAAAGAUGCUUCAGACGAGGAAGACUGUCCUCUCCCUGAAGAGCUUCGGCAGGAUUUGCUGGACUUUCAUCAAGACCUGCUGCUGCAUUGUGGAAUUCAGCUUGGGGGAGAGGAGGAGGAACCGGAGGAAGAGACCACCCUGGGAAGCCGCCUAAUGAGUCUGUUGGAGAAAGUGCGGCUGGUAAAGAAGGAGGAGGAGAAGCCCGAGGAGGAGCCGCCAGCUGAGGAGAGCCAGCCCCGGUCCCUGCAGGAGCUGGUGUCCCACACCGUGGUGCGCUGGGCCCAGGAGGACUUCGUGCAGAGCCCCGAGCUGGUGCGGGCCAUGUUCAGCCUCCUGCACCGGCAGUACGACGGGCUCGGCGAGCUGCUGCGAGCCCUGCCGCGGGCCUACACCAUCUCGCCGUCCUCCGUGGAGGACACCAUGAGCCUGCUCGAGUGCCUGGGCCAGAUCCGCUCGCUGCUCAUCGUGCAGAUGGGCCCCCAGGAGGAGAACCUCAUGAUCCAGAGCAUCGGGAACAUCAUGAACAACAAAGUCUUCUACCAACACCCGAACCUGAUGAGGGCGCUGGGCAUGCACGAGACAGUCAUGCAGGUCAUGGUGAACGUCCUCGGGGGCGGCGAAUCCAAGGAGAUCCGCUUCCCCAAGAUGGUGACAAGCUGCUGCCGCUUCCUCUGCUAUUUCUGCCGCAUCAGCCGGCAGAACCAGCGCUCCAUGUUUGACCACCUGAGCUACCUGCUAGAGAACAGCGGCAUCGGCCUGGGCAUGCAGGGCUCCACGCCCCUGGAUGUGGCUGCCGCCUCUGUCAUUGACAACAACGAGCUGGCUUUGGCGUUGCAGGAGCAGGACCUGGAAAAGGUUGUGUCCUACCUGGCAGGCUGUGGCCUCCAAAGCUGCCCCAUGCUCCUGGCCAAAGGGUACCCGGACAUUGGCUGGAACCCCUGUGGCGGUGAGCGCUACCUGGACUUCCUGCGCUUCGCCGUCUUCGUCAACGGCGAGAGCGUGGAGGAGAACGCCAACGUGGUGGUGCGGCUGCUCAUCCGCAAGCCCGAGUGCUUCGGGCCCGCCCUGCGGGGCGAGGGCGGCUCAGGGCUGCUGGCCGCCAUCGAAGAGGCCAUCCGCAUCUCUGAGGACCCGGCGCGGGAUGGCCCAGGCGUCCGCAGGGACCGGCGGCGCGAGCACUUCGGCGAGGAGCCCCCUGAAGAAAACCGGGUGCACCUGGGACACGCCAUCAUGUCCUUCUAUGCCGCCUUGAUCGACCUGCUUGGACGCUGCGCGCCAGAGAUGCACCUGAUCCAAGCCGGCAAAGGCGAGGCCCUGCGGAUCCGAGCCAUCCUCCGCUCCCUCGUGCCCUUGGAGGACCUCGUGGGCAUCAUCAGCCUCCCACUGCAGAUCCCCACCCUGGGCAAAGACGGGGCUCUGGUACAGCCAAAGAUGUCGGCGUCCUUCGUGCCGGACCACAAGGCGUCCAUGGUGCUCUUCCUGGACCGUGUGUAUGGCAUCGAGAACCAGGACUUCCUGCUGCACGUGCUGGACGUGGGCUUCCUGCCCGACAUGAGGGCGGCCGCCUCGCUGGACACGGCCACUUUCAGCACCACGGAGAUGGCGCUGGCGCUGAACCGCUACCUGUGCCUGGCGGUGCUGCCGCUCAUUACAAAGUGCGCGCCGCUGUUCGCGGGAACCGAGCACCGCGCCAUCAUGGUGGACUCCAUGCUGCACACGGUGUACCGCCUGUCCCGCGGCCGCUCGCUCACCAAGGCGCAGCGCGACGUCAUCGAGGACUGCCUGAUGGCGCUCUGCAGGUACAUCCGCCCGUCCAUGCUGCAGCACCUGCUGCGGCGCCUGGUGUUCGACGUGCCCAUCCUGAAUGAAUUCGCCAAGAUGCCGCUCAAGCUCCUCACCAACCACUAUGAGCGCUGUUGGAAGUACUACUGCCUCCCCACAGGCUGGGCCAACUUCGGGGUCACCUCAGAGGAAGAGCUGCACCUCACGCGUAAACUCUUCUGGGGCAUCUUUGACUCUCUGGCCCAUAAGAAGUACGACCCGGAGCUGUACCGCAUGGCCAUGCCUUGUCUGUGUGCCAUUGCCGGGGCACUGCCCCCUGACUACGUGGACGCGUCAUACUCAUCCAAGGCUGAGAAAAAGGCCACAGUGGAUGCUGAAGGCAACUUUGAUCCCCGGCCUGUGGAGACUCUCAAUGUGAUCAUCCCGGAGAAGCUGGACUCCUUCAUUAACAAGUUUGCAGAGUACACGCACGAGAAGUGGGCCUUCGACAAGAUCCAGAACAACUGGUCCUACGGAGAGAACAUAGAUGAAGAGCUGAAGACCCACCCCAUGCUGAGGCCCUACAAGACCUUUUCAGAGAAGGACAAAGAGAUUUACCGCUGGCCCAUCAAGGAGUCCCUGAAGGCCAUGAUUGCCUGGGAAUGGACGAUAGAGAAGGCCAGGGAGGGCGAGGAGGAGAAGACGGAGAAGAAAAAAACGCGGAAGAUAUCACAAAGUGCCCAGACCUACGACGCGCGAGAAGGCUACAACCCCCAGCCCCCCGACCUUAGCGGAGUUACCCUGUCCCGGGAGCUGCAGGCCAUGGCAGAACAACUGGCGGAAAAUUACCACAACACGUGGGGGCGGAAGAAAAAGCAGGAGCUGGAAGCCAAGGGUGGUGGGACCCACCCCCUGCUGGUCCCCUACGACACGCUCACCGCCAAGGAGAAGGUCUCUUGCUACCGAACGCUGUGCAGUAUCUACUCUCUGGGAACCACCAGGAACGCUUAUGUGGAAAAAGGCCUUAAGGACAUGGAGCUCGACUCAUCGUCCAUUGAGAAACGGUUCGCCUUUGGCUUCUUGCAGCAGUUGCUGCGCUGGAUGGACAUUUCCCAGGAGUUCAUUGCCCACCUGGAGGCUGUGGUCAGCAGUGGACGAGUGGAAAAGUCCCCACAUGAACAGGAGAUUAAAUUCUUUGCCAAGAUCCUGCUUCCUUUGAUCAACCAGUACUUCACCAACCACUGCCUCUAUUUCCUGUCCACGCCGGCCAAAGUGCUGGGCAGUGGCGGCCACGCCUCCAACAAGGAGAAGGAAAUGAUCACCAGCCUCUUCUGCAAACUUGCUGCUCUUGUCCGCCACCGAGUCUCUCUCUUUGGGACGGACGCUCCGGCUGUGGUCAACUGUCUUCAUAUCCUGGCACGUUCCCUGGAUGCCAGGACAGUGAUGAAGUCAGGCCCCGAGAUCGUGAAGGCUGGCCUCCGCUCCUUCUUCGAGAGUGCCUCGGAGGACAUCGAGAAAAUGGUGGAGAACCUGCGACUGGGCAAGGUGUCGCAGGCGCGCACCCAGGUGAAGGGCGUGGGCCAGAACCUCACCUACACCACAGUGGCGCUGCUGCCCGUCCUCACCACCCUCUUCCAGCACAUCGCCCAGCACCAGUUCGGAGACGACGUCAUCCUGGACGAUGUCCAGGUCUCUUGCUACCGAACGCUGUGCAGUAUCUACUCUCUGGGAACCACCAGGAACGCUUAUGUGGAAAAGCUGCGGCCGGCCCUCGGGGAGUGCCUGGCCCGCCUGGCAGCGGCCAUGCCCGUGGCGUUCCUGGAGCCGCAGCUGAACGAGUACAACGCCUGCUCCGUCUACACCACCAAGUCUCCCCGCGAGCGGGCCAUCCUGGGGCUCCCCAACAGUGUGGAAGAGAUGUGUCCUGACAUCCCGGUGCUGGAGCGGCUCAUGGCAGACAUUGGGGGGCUGGCCGAGUCGGGGGCCCGCUACACAGAGAUGCCACAUGUCAUCGAGAUCACGCUGCCCAUGCUGUGCAGCUACCUGCCCCGCUGGUGGGAGCGCGGGCCCGAGGCACCCCCUCCCACCACUGGCGCCCCCCCACCCUGCACGGCUGUCACCUCCGACGACCUCAACUCCCUGCUGGGGAACAUCCUGAGAAUCAUCGUCAACAACCUGGGCAUUGACGAGGCCACGUGGAUGAAGCGGCUCGCUGUGUUCGCCCAGCCCAUAGUGAGCCGGGCGCGGCCCGAGCUGCUGCACUCACACUUCAUCCCCACCAUCGGGCGGCUGCGCAAGCGCGCGGGGAAGGUGGUGGCCGAGGAGGAGCAGCUGCGCCUGGAGGCCAAGGUCGAAGCCGAGGAGAUGCUGGUGCGGGAGGAGUUCUCCGUGCUGUGCCGGGACCUGUACGCCCUGUACCCGCUGCUCAUCCGCUACGUGGACAACAACAGGGCACAGUGGCUGACGGAGCCCAACCCCAGCGCGGAGGAGCUGUUCAGGAUGGUGGGCGAGAUCUUCAUCUACUGGUCCAAGUCCCACAAUUUCAAGCGUGAGGAACAGAACUUCGUGGUCCAGAACGAAAUCAACAACAUGUCCUUUCUGACCGCUGACAACAAGAGCAAAAUGGCCAAGGCUGGAGAUGUACAGUCCGGUGGCUCGGACCAGGAACGCACCAAGAAGAAGCGCCGGGGGGACCGGUACUCUGUGCAGACGUCGCUGAUCGUGGCUACGCUCAAGAAGAUGCUGCCCAUUGGCCUGAACAUGUGUGCACCCACUGACCAGGACCUCAUCAUGCUGGCCAAGACCCGCUACGCCCUGAAAGACACAGAUGAGGAAGUGCGGGAAUUUCUGCAAAACAACCUUCACCUUCAGGGAAAGGUGGAAGGCUCCCCAUCUCUGCGCUGGCAGAUGGCCCUGUACCGGGGCGUCCCUGGCCGCGAGGAGGACGCUGACGACCCCGAGAAAAUCGUGCGCAGGGUCCAGGAAGUGUCUGCCGUGCUCUACCAUCUGGACCAGACCGAGCACCCUUACAAGUCCAAGAAGGCCGUGUGGCACAAGCUUUUGUCCAAGCAGCGCCGGCGGGCAGUCGUGGCCUGUUUCCGGAUGACGCCCCUGUACAACCUGCCCACGCACCGGGCAUGCAACAUGCUCCUGGAGAGCUACAAGGCCUCAUGGAUCAUGACUGAAGACCACAGUUUUGAGGACCGCAUGAUAGAUGACCUUUCAAAAGCUGGGGAGCAGGAAGAAGAGGAAGAAGAAGUGGAGGAGAAGAAGCCAGACCCCCUGCACCAGCUGGUCCUGCACUUCAGCCGCACUGCCCUGACCGAAAAGAGCAAACUGGACGAGGAUUACCUGUAUAUCGCCUACGCCGACAUCAUGGCAAAGAGCUGCCACCUGGAGGAGGGAGAGGAGAAUGGCAGCGGCGGUGAAGAUGAAGAAGAAGAGGAGGUGGAGGUUUCCUUUGAGGAGAAAGAGAUGGAGAAGCAGAGGCUCCUGUACCAGCAGGCGCGGCUGCACAACCGGGGGGCCGCCGAGAUGGUGCUGCAGAUGAUCAGCGCCUGCAAAGGAGAGACGGGCGCCAUGGUGUCCUCCACCCUGAAGCUGGGCAUCUCCAUUCUCAACGGUGGCAAUGCUGAGGUGCAGCAGAAAAUGCUGGAUUAUCUGAAGGACAAGAAGGAAGUUGGCUUCUUCCAGAGUAUCCAGGCACUCAUGCAAACGUGCAGCGUCCUGGAUCUCAACGCCUUCGAGAGACAGAACAAGGCAGAGGGGCUGGGCAUGGUCAAUGAGGAUGGAAGUGUCAUCAAUCGCCAGAACGGAGAGAAGGUCAUGGCAGAUGAUGAAUUCACACAAGACCUGUUCCGAUUCCUGCAAUUGCUCUGCGAGGGCCACAAUAAUGAUUUCCAAAACUACCUACGGACACAGACAGGGAACACAACCACUAUUAACAUCAUCAUCUGCACGGUGGACUACCUCCUGCGGCUGCAGGAAUCCAUCAGCGACUUCUACUGGUACUACUCGGGCAAGGAUGUCAUUGAAGAGCAGGGCAAGAGGAACUUCUCCAAAGCCAUGUCAGUGGCUAAGCAGGUGUUCAACAGUCUCACCGAGUACAUCCAGGGCCCCUGCACCGGGAACCAGCAGAGCUUGGCGCACAGCCGCCUCUGGGACGCGGUGGUGGGAUUCCUGCACGUGUUCGCCCACAUGAUGAUGAAGCUCGCUCAGGACUCAAGCCAGAUUGAGCUGUUGAAGGAGCUGCUGGAUCUGCAGAAGGACAUGGUGGUGAUGUUGCUGUCGCUGCUAGAAGGGAACGUGGUGAACGGCAUGAUCGCCCGGCAGAUGGUGGACAUGCUCGUGGAAUCCUCAUCCAACGUGGAGAUGAUCCUCAAGUUCUUCGACAUGUUCCUGAAACUCAAGGACAUCGUGGGCUCUGAGGCCUUCCAGGACUACGUCACUGAUCCCCGCGGCCUCAUCUCCAAGAAGGACUUCCAGAAGGCCAUGGACAGCCAGAAGCAGUUCAGCGGUCCGGAAAUCCAGUUCCUGCUUUCGUGCUCCGAAGCGGAUGAGAACGAGAUGAUCAACUGUGAGGAGUUCGCCAACCGCUUCCAGGAGCCGGCGCGUGAAAUCGGCUUCAACGUGGCCGUGCUGCUGACCAACCUGUCGGAGCACGUGCCGCACGACCCGCGCCUGCGCACCUUCCUGGAGCUGGCCGAGAGCAUCCUCGAGUACUUCCGGCCCUACCUGGGCCGCAUCGAGAUCAUGGGCUCCUCGCGCCGCAUCGAGCGUAUCUACUUCGAGAUCUCGGAGACCAACCGCACUCAGUGGGAGAUGCCCCAGGUGAAGGAGUCCAAGCGCCAGUUCAUCUUCGACGUGGUGAACGAGGGCGGCGAGUCCGAGAAGAUGGAGCUGUUCGUGAGCUUCUGCGAGGACACCAUCUUCGAGAUGCAGAUCGCCGCGCAGAUCUCGGAGCCCGAGGGCGAGCCCGAGACGGACGAGGACGAGGGCGCGGGCGCGGGCGAGGCGGGCGCCGAGGGCGCGGAGGAGGGCGCGGCGGGGCCCGAGGCGGCCACCGCGACGGCCGCGCUGCUCUGGGCCGCCGUGACGCGCGCGGGGGCCGCGGGCGCCGGGGCGGCGAAGGGCGCGCUGCGCCUGCUCUGGGGCUCGCUCUUCGGCGGCGGUCUCGUGGAGGGCGCCAAGAAGGUGACGGUGACCGAGCUCCUGGCGGGCAUGCCCGACCCCACCAGCGACGAGGUGCACGGCGAGCAGCCGGCGGGGCCGGGCGGCGACGCGGACGGCGAGGGCGCGGGCGAGGGCGCGGGCGACGCCGCGGAGGGCGCUGGCGACGAGGAGGCGGCGGUGCACGACGCCGGGCCCGGCGGCCCCGACGGAGCUGUGUCCGUGUCCGACGGGGGCCCAUUCCGGCCCGAAGGGGCCGGCGGUCUUGGGGACAUGGGGGACACGACGCCGGCGGAGCCGCCCACGCCUGAGGGCUCCCCCAUCAUCAAGAGGAAGCUGGGGGUGGAUGGCGAGGAGGAGGAGCUGCCACCAGAGCCCGAGCCGGAGCCGGAGCCAGAGCCUGAGCCCGAGAAAGCCGAUGCCGAGAAUGGGGAAAAGGAAGAAGUCCCUGAGCCCCCACCGGAGCCCCCCAAGAAGAAGGCACCUCCUCCAGCCCCUCCGAAGAAGGAGGAAGCUGGGGGCGAGUUCUGGGGAGAACUGGAGGUGCAGAGGGUGAAGUUCCUGAACUACCUGUCCCGGAACUUUUACACCCUGCGAUUCCUCGCCCUCUUCUUGGCAUUCGCCAUCAAUUUCAUCUUGCUGUUUUAUAAGGUCUCAGACUCUCCACCUGGGGAGGACGACAUGGAGGGCUCAGCUGCUGGGGACCUGUCAACUGCAGGGUCUGGGGGCGGCUCUGGCUGGGGCUCAGGGGCCGGUGAGGAGGCUGAGGGUGAUGAGGAUGAGAACAUGGUGUACUACUUCCUGGAGGAGAGCACGGGCUACAUGGAGCCCGCCCUGCGGUGCUUGAGCCUGCUCCACACGCUGGUGGCCUUUCUCUGCAUCAUUGGCUACAACUGCCUCAAGGUGCCCCUGGUGAUCUUUAAGCGGGAGAAGGAGCUGGCCCGAAAGCUGGAGUUCGAUGGCCUCUACAUCACGGAGCAGCCUGAGGACGACGACGUGAAGGGGCAGUGGGACCGACUGGUGCUCAACACUCCGUCUUUCCCCAGCAACUACUGGGACAAGUUUGUCAAGCGCAAGGUCCUGGACAAACACGGGGACAUCUACGGGCGCGAGCGGAUCGCAGAGCUGCUGGGCAUGGACCUGGCCACGCUGGAGAUCACGGCGCACAACGAGCGCAAGCCCAGUCCGCCACCCGGGCUGCUGACCUGGCUCAUGUCCAUCGACGUCAAGUACCAGAUCUGGAAGUUCGGGGUCAUCUUCACAGACAACUCUUUCCUGUACCUGGGCUGGUACAUGGUGAUGUCCCUCCUGGGGCACUACAACAACUUCUUCUUCGCUGCCCACCUCCUGGACAUCGCCAUGGGGGUCAAGACGCUGCGCACCAUCCUGUCCUCCGUCACCCACAAUGGGAAACAGCUGGUGAUGACGGUGGGCCUCCUGGCGGUGGUGGUGUACCUAUACACCGUGGUGGCCUUCAACUUCUUCCGCAAGUUCUACAACAAGAGCGAGGAUGAGGACGAGCCUGACAUGAAGUGCGACGACAUGAUGACGUGUUACCUGUUUCACAUGUACGUGGGCGUCCGGGCUGGCGGAGGCAUCGGGGACGAGAUCGAGGACCCAGCAGGCGAUGAAUACGAGCUUUACCGGGUGGUCUUCGACAUCACUUUCUUCUUCUUUGUCAUCGUCAUCCUCCUGGCCAUCAUCCAGGGUCUGAUCAUCGACGCUUUCGGUGAGCUCAGAGACCAACAAGAGCAAGUGAAGGAGGAUAUGGAGACCAAGUGUUUCAUCUGCGGAAUCGGAAGCGACUACUUCGAUACGACACCGCACGGGUUUGAGACUCACACUCUGGAAGAGCACAAUCUGGCCAAUUACAUGUUUUUCCUGAUGUAUUUGAUCAACAAGGACGAGACGGAACACACGGGUCAGGAGUCUUAUGUCUGGAAGAUGUACCAAGAGAGAUGUUGGGAUUUCUUCCCGGCUGGCGAUUGUUUCCGCAAGCAGUAUGAGGACCAGCUUAGCUGAGACAGCCCCAGCCGGCCCUCCACCCCCACCUCAAGUGCCUUAUUCUCACAAGCAAGCCCCUUAGGCCCCCAAGCCCCUCCCCCCAAGGCAGCUGGGGGAGAAGUGACCUUGUACUGGAGAAAUAAAGUCUGUGCUACACCCC